AUGGUUGCUCGCCUACCAGAAGCAUUUUCCACCAUGAAUUCGUUACCGCAGCAGGCAUAUGACGGCGUUACCAUCCCGUCACUCUUUCAAGUCGACAUCGUUCGGUUCUCAUCAAUCGUAAUGAGGGAUGAAAUACGUUCAUGCUGCCUACGAACCACUACCUUCAUCAAAAAGGCAACUGCAUUCAUCGUCACACAUGUCGGUCUAUGCUUCAUGGUGGCCGUGUACGCGGUGGUUGGCGCUUUUAUGUUCCAAGCGAUCGAAUACCCGAAGGAGUUGGAGUUCCAAGGGCAUAUCAGGAAUGACACGUGGAAUGUUGUCCACGAAUUGUACGAUUUUAUCAACAACAGCACAGUGAUCGAAGAGGCCGAAGUAAAGACGAAAGCUCAUCAUUUGCUCAAACACUACGAGAAAUUGCUCGUAGAAGCUGUUAAUUUCGAAGGUUAUGACGAACAUGACGAUCUUCGCCCGACUUAUCAAUGGACAUUUUCCGGUGCACUACUUUAUUCCAUUACUGUUUUUACAACUAUAGGAUACGGUCAUAUUUGCCCAAAAACAGACACUGGUCGCUUAAUGACGAUAUUUUAUGCGAUGGUCGGGAUUCCUCUGAUGUUGUUGUGCCUUGCAAAUAUUGCCGAAACUCUUGCGCAGAUCUUCACCUAUAUUUAUUUCAAACUAUGCUGUGCAUAUUGUCGAUGGCAGCGGAAUCGUCGGCGAAUCCGGCGAGCGGCGCUGUCGUUCCGAUAUCACCCAAACGCAGCUGUCAAUAACGUGAGACGAGCCCAAUCGUCGAGGUCAACGCAACGCUACAACAAUGUCCGACGACAUCCGUCGUUGAACCGAGGGCGAGGUCGCUAUGCAGAUACGAAAAGUGUACGAAGUUUCGGCAGGAAUCAAGAAGGCAAUAGACACGAAACUCAACGCUACGACACGAUUAGUCUUCCGGGUCGGCGAAAAAUCAGCCAUACGCGUAGUCCCAAUGGGACCAUCACAAGAAACACGUUUGCGAAAAAUGGUCGAUAUCAUUUACAAAAAUCAAAUACGGCAAUGAAUAUCGAGCAGUUCAAUAUGCACGAUUUGGAUGACAAACGACAUCGCCGGCGAAAACAUCGAACUGCCGCAUCAGAAAGCCCAGCUCGGGACUAUAAAGGUGGUAUACACGUACGAGCACAUCAUGAUGACGGGACGACGGAGAUGAAGGUCUACUCCGCAUCGUCAUUCCACGACGUUCCACAUGAAAGGAGGAGGCGAAAACCGGAUGAGGGCACUUCUAAUGUUCCAAAUGUUGUUAUCUCUCGAACCAGAGACGAUGAAGUCAAAGCUGCCAGUGAUGUGGAGAGAACAGAGGAGACUAGUAUACAGUUGUCAUUUUCUGAUGAUGAUGACAUUGAUCGCAAACCAUCAACUCGUGACCCAAAUGACAUGGCACGUGAUCUUGUCCGUGAUAUGAGUCGAGAAGUACGUGAUCAUGGCUACCAUGUAUCUGCGAAGCAGUCAAGCAUGGACAGUUCAAUGUCGCGAAGGGUUCGCGAAUUCGACGGUCGCUCUUACAGGUCGGACAGAUCAGAGCGAUCGGACGAGAUGUCGUUGCAUUCGAUGAGGCGACAGGGUUACGGUCACUCGAAGGAAAAAAUGCCAGUCAGCGUUGGUAUCUGCAUUGUAUUCGCUUUUAUCUCAGGAGGAGCAGUACUAUUCAGCUGGUGGGAAGGUUGGAAUCCAUUCGAUGGCGCCUAUUAUUGUUUCAUCACCUUAAGCACGAUAGGAUUUGGAGACAUUGUUCCCGGUCAGGCAUUGGAUGAAGGCUCACAAGAAAAGCUAGUCGUUUGUGCACUUUACUUACUCUUCGGGAUGGCUCUCAUUGCAAUGUGUUUCAAACUGAUGCAGGAUGAUGUUGUGCAGAAAGCGCGAUGGCUAGGACAAAAAAUUGGCAUUCUAGCUCGUCCCAUGGAAUUGAGCGAGAUGAUUGCUCGCCACGCUUAUUUCAUUUUUGGAGCGGCUGGCUCUGUAACCGGAGGUUGUAGUGUACGGGAGGAUUCUUCGGAUUCCGAGUCCGAAAUUGACGACGAUAUGAUCGAGGAGGAUGACGAGGAUAUAAGUGAGGAACGAACAGACCAGGACAAACGUACAAUAUCGUCUGGAUCGUCGAAACGAGACGAUGAUAUUGCCCUUCACCCUUCGUCAUAUCGAAAACACAAGUACCGGCGAUAA